AUGAUCAUCCCAGUUCGGUGCUUCACUUGCGGUAAGGUAAUCGGAAAUAAAUGGGACCAAUAUCUUGAUCUUGUCCUAGCAAGUUAUGCAGAAACAGAAGCACUUGACGCAUUGGGGUUGGUUCGAUAUUGCUGUCGAAGAAUGUUGAUGACACAUGUAGACCUCAUUGAGAAGCUUCUCAACUACAAUACAUUGGGAAAAUCUGAGGGCAGUUGA